ACAUGCAGGUUUUUUGUUUGUUUGUUUGUUUUUUCAUUGUCACUUAGUUUCUUGUACCUGGUGGUCUCUCAAUAAAUGUCUAUGGGUUGACUGAGCUUGAGAAAGAGGCACAGGAAUAUUGACACAGAGAUAAACAAGUGCAAAUUAAUUCAGCUAAGAGAAGGUUGAAACAUCAAAUGCCAAGAGCAAAUGAAGAGCUGGGGUGGUGGGCGGGAGGAAGGCAGAGGGGAGUUUAAGGCUGGUAUUCAGAGAAAUAUUCAUGAGUAGGCAGAUUUCCCAGAGGUUGUUUUGAUGACAAGAACAUCCAGGUUCAUAAGGCAGAUUCUAGGACAGAGGAAGCUGGAGUACAUGUGUUUCAGAGGUGCACGUGAGAUAAUGAACCCCAGGCAUUAGGUCUGGUGAAAAUUUCUCAAUGAGGGAGAGUAGGGUGUACCUAAUACAGAGAAAAACCAGGCAUGGCUUAUGAUGGGAGAAAGGAAUCAGUUGGUAGGAGGACUUGGGGUCAGGUGAACAAGUUGAAAGGUCUAAGGGUUGAUGCUGUCUGUGACCCAAAUACGAAAGAUAGAAAACAACCUGGCUAUCCUAUGCCAAUGAGAUCCUGUGUUACCUGACUGGCAUUGCACAGUCUAGCUUUUCAGCCUUUCUCUGUAUGUGUCAUGCCCAUGUCUGUCGGGGUAACCAACUGUUCCUGUUGAUGCAGAGGGAGGAGAAGCAGCUUGAGGCAUCCUUAGAUGCACUGCUGAGUCAAGUGGCUGAUCUGAAGAACUCACUGGGGAGUUUCAUUUACAAGUUGGAGAACGAGUAUGACAGGCUGACUUGGCCCUCUGUCCUGGACAGCUUUGCCCUGCUCUCUGGACAGUUGAACACUCUGAACAAGGUCUUGAAGCAUGAAAAGACACCACUGUUCCGUAACCAGGUCAUCAUCCCUCUGGUAUUGUCCCCAGACCGAGAUGAAGAUCUCAUGCGGCAGACUGAAGGCCGAGUGCCCGUUUUCAGCCAUGAGGUAGUCCCUGACCAUCUGAGAACCAAGCCUGACCCUGAGGUUGAAGAGCAAGAGAAGCAACUGACGACAGAUGCUGCCCGCAUUGGUGCUGAUGUGGCCCAGAAGCAGAUCCAGAGCUUGAACAAAAUGUGCUCAAAUCUUCUGGAGAAAAUCAGCAAAGAAGAGCGAGAAUCAGAGAGUGGAGGUCUUCGGCCGAACAAGCAGACCUUUAACCCUGGAGACACCAAUGCCUUGGUAGCAGCUGUUGCCUUUGGGAAGGGGCUGUCUAAUUGGAGACCUUCAGGCAGCAGUGGUCCUGGCCAGCCAGGCCAGCCAGGAGCUGGGACAAUCCUUGCAGGAGCAUCAGGAUUACAGCAGGUGCAGAUGGCAGGAGCGCCAAGCCAGCAGCAGCCAAUGCUCAGUGGGGUGCAGAUGGCUCAAGCAGGUCAACCAGGGAAAAUGCCAAGUGGAAUAAAAACCAACAUCAAGUCGGCUUCAAUGCAUCCCUACCAGCGGUGAGUGUGGCCGGCAACCUCCACUCCCAGGUGCUCUUUGCAGAAUUGAGCAGUGAAAUUACCUUUUGCUCAAGGCCCACCUAGAUGGGUACAAUAAAAAGAACAUGGGCUUUCGGCAACAGACACAUCCCAGCUCUACCACUGACUAGCUGUGUGACAUUGAGCAAGUGACCUAAUUUUUCUGAGCCUGUUUUCUCAUUUGUAAAUGGUAAUAAUACCUACCUCAUAGGGUUGUUGUGAGGAUUAAAAUGAGAAAAUGAAUGUAAAGCACUUAGCACAGUAUAUGAAAUAAUGGGUAUUCAAUAAAUGAUAGUUUCUACA